CCCCCAAAAAGUUUAAAAGUGGUUGAUGGCAUGUCUGCCACAUUCUACUGUCUAUUUACUGGCAAACCUCAGCCGGAAGGAACAUGGAGACAUAACAACCGGAUCAUGAUCCCAUCGGCUAGGAAUCCGACUUUUGUUAUCAAGCCCGUUGAUUUCGGAUCGGUGCUUAAGUUCACGCAGGUAAGAAAGAAAGACGAAGGCACAUACAUCUGCGAGGCAAACAAUCACGUCGGGGCCAGCAGCCAGGCCACGUUCAACCUCACUGUGUACGAUCAUUACAACAUCCCACACGGAUUUCCGCAAAUCCAUCCGCAGCCAGCAAAAACCAUCAUCGACAUGUACAAAAGUUUCGUACUAAACUGUGGAGCCUACCCUCAGUCAAACAUCACUUGGCUGAAGGACAAUGUACCCAUUGAAAUGUGGAGGUUCAGUCACUCCAUUGUACCCCGAGGUGACUUGCAGAUGUUGAACACAAAUCAGCAUUACGAGGGGAGAUACGAAUGUGUGGCGGAAAACGAGGUAGGAACCAACUACAGUCUGCCCGCUGAUGUCUUUGUUAGAGCCAGAUAUUCAGCCCCUGAAUGGAUCAUGCUGCCAAUCAACGAGGAAGUGGCAUUCGGCAGUUCCAUCAAACUUUCCUGCUCUGCCCAGGGAACACCAGCCCCUGAAGUGAAAUGGAGGAGAGAGGAUGGUGUCGACAGUGAUCCCAAUAUUUUUUCUCAGAGCGGCGGUGUGAUGAUGCUGCACAAAGUCGUCGAGUCUGCGAAUUACACGUGCGUCGCUAACUCGACUCACGGAACCAUCAACCACACUGCUGAAGUUAGGGUUAAAGCCCUCCCCAAACCACCGGUCGGAGUGAAAAUAACCGAGGUGUCCCCGAAUUCUGUGCGGCUGUCGUGGCUUUCUGGUAACGUGGAGCCUGUGGAAUCCUACGCUGUUGAGUACUACCCCAAGUUCCACUAUGCCCUCAGCCGAACCGAAGACAGAGAUAUCUACAGGACGGACCACGAAGUGAGCAACUUGUUACCCUACACAGAGUACAUUUUCAGAGUCAUAGCCCUCAAUGCUAAUGGAAGGAGUCCUCCCAGCCAGCCUGUUGACGUCACAACAGGCGAACUAGUACCUGGAAGUCAGCCUUUGGAAGUUAGAGCACGAGCCAUCAGUCCGAACAGUGUGGUGGUCACUUGGAGGGAACCAAACAUCACGAAUGGUGUCAUUAAGGGCUACAAAGUCUACUACACCUUGAGCCCCAACUCGUUGCCCGUGUCCCUAUGGACCCAGCAUACGGUGGAGAACACUCUGAUGGCCACCCUAAAAAACCUCAUGAGGAAUCGAACCUACACCAUCACGGUCCUCGCAUUCACGAGAGUCGGGGAUGGCCCUCUCUCUGAGAACGUUCAUGUCGUCACUAACACCGAUGUACCAGACAUGCCAUCGAACUUCGGGGCCACCCAGAAAUCCCCCACCUCCAUCCUACUCCACUGGGAUCGACCAACGACCGGAUCGAUAACUUCCUACAGGAUCAACUACAUGGAUUACCGGAGCAAAUCCAACUUCAGUAGAGACGUUCCUGACAGUGAAUUCAGUUCGCCGUCGCAAAACAUUAAGUACGAGUUGAGCAAUUUGAACUCGGACACCUACUACAACAUUUGGCUGUCUGCUGUCUCGGAGAAGGGUGAAGGUCCACCUAGCACUACUAUCCAGAUUCAAACCGAUCCGCAAGGUUUACAAAUUUGUAGUUCAGCAUUUAUAACAAAGAUAGUCUCUUUAUUUUGUUUUAAAAAUGAAAAAAAAACAUCAUCGUCAUCGUCGUCAUCUCAACCGACAUCAUCUUCUUCUUCACCAUCAUUUUCAACAUCUCUAUCAUCAUCAUCAUUUGAACAUGACUCAACUAUAUCAAAUAUUCACACAACACAUGCAAUAGCACAUAAACAAUGCACACAAAAAAACAAAAACUUUCUGAGUCACGAUUCUUUUAUGCAAAAAACCGACACCACAACAACAAAAAUCAUAUUUGAUAUGAUAGUCCUACCAACGAAUUUCCCGGGAGAGCCAAAAAAAUUGAAAUUAGAAGCGAUUAAUUCGACGGCUGUGAGAGUAGAAUGGAAACCACCAACAGAUCGAAACGCUGAUAUAAAGGGAUAUUACAUCAAAUACGCUGAGGUGAUUGACUUGAAUGAAGACAAUUGGAUCCGAUCCGAGCCCGUGCCAUCAAACCAGAACGAGCACUUGAUCUCAGGACUCUCGCCUGCCACCUCCUAUAACAUCACAGUUGCUGCAUUCACGCGAAACGGCGAAGGACCAAACGCCAAACCGAAAAAGACAAAAACAAAAACAGCAGUACCAAGUGUUCCUCAGAGAGUGAAACUAACACUUCUAUCGGAAGACCAGCCCGGCAGUCCAGGUGUGAUUGUGGAAUGGCUGCCACCGAAAGACAUUCACGGAGAGUUGAAAGAAUAUUUAGUGGCAUUUGGCGUUCAAGGAGAGGCAAAAGUAGAUGAGAGGAGAUUUGGGGCCAACAUCGAAAAAUUUACCGCAACAUUCUUAGAUCACGGGGCAAUUUAUGAAUUCAAAAUAGCCGCAAAAAAUGAGGUUGAUUUUGGAGAGUAUGCCACAGAGACUAUUAAAACAAUCGAAGGAGUGCCAUCCGGUUCUCCGGAAAACCUGACGGCAAGCGUGCUAUCGCCGUCAAGCAUCCAAUUAGCCUGGGACCCACCAAUGAAGAAACAUCGGCAAGGGGACAUCCUAAUUUACGAGGUUGUCUACUGCGAAAGUAUGGACCAACAGGAUGAUGUACGAAUCAACACGACCGAUCGUCGCAUGUUAAUCGAGAACUUGAAGGCAGACACUAGCUACACUUUCUUGAUCAGGGCCUUCACGUCUGUUGGCGGCGGGCCUUGGGCCAGCCAACUUGCGGUGAAAACGUUCAGUCUCAGCGUUCUUCCUCCUCCCACAAACGUCCAGUCAAAGUUCAUCACCCUAACAUCAAUGGAGGUCACAUGGGAACCUCCAGUUCGUAGCAAGUCCAUGAAGAACAAAAUGCAAGUUGUCGGCUACAGAGUGUACUACAGUUCACAACCAAAUUCUAACGUUGAAAACUGGCCCAGUCUGGAUGUCAAUCAUGUAACUUGGGCAGAGAUUAGGAACUUGGAGCCGAAUACGGCAUAUGCGGUGAAGGUCAGGGCUAAAACAACGGACGGGCGAUUCGGUGGUUACAGCCAUACAUCUAUAUCUGAUAGAUUUAUAAACGAGAAACCCGAUGCUGUGAGCGGUUUCAUUGCCAGUGUCCACAACUCCCGCUCUGUCACGCUGGAAUGGAAACCUCCAAGAAAGCCUGGAGUCUCGCGAUACAAGAUUGAAUACAUGGGCAUAAGGAAGAUAAAAGAUUUCAGUGGCAUGGAGGAGACGACGGUAGACGUGAGACGUGAAAUUAUCGUUCCGAAAGAGGAAAAACUUCGUCACAUUGACAACUUGGUCUCUUCAACUCUCUACACAUUCAACAUUACUGCAAAGUUCGUUGAUGGCAGCUGGGGACCGACUAACAUUCUUCAUAUAGAAACCACACAAGACGUUUCAAGUCUGGAAUCUCCAACAGUCAUCAGGUCCUUAUCGGACAGUAUGGUAAAGCUGGGAUUGAAACCCGCCAAUGAGGAACGAAACAGUGUCUUGUACUACUGGCUGGUCGUUCUGCCAACCGAUGCUGCUGAUACAAAAAGAUCCUUUGAUUUUAAUAACCGAGAGAUAUCUCUAGGCUCGCCCCGAAGCGGAUGGAUAGCAGGCAAAUUUGAUGGGGACCACCUACCUACAGAAUUCAUCAUUGGAGACGGCAGAAAGAAUGACGAUGGCGAUGUUUUCAACAGACCUCUACCAAAGAACUACAACUAUGUAGCAUUUCUGAGGGCUUUCUAUGCAUCUAAUAAACACAUAUCUUCUCCUUAUUCUCGUCCCCUGCUUCCCAAUCCUUACUACCAAUCCGUGAGCGGGCCACACCACAACAGCCGACAGAGCAUCGAUUUGUUGUGGAUCGUUGCGCCAAUCUGUGCGGCGGUUGUCCUCAUUCUCCUAGUCAUCCUUAUUAUCAUCAUCGCUAGCAGAAAACGAAGGAUUAACGACAAAAGUGUGUCAACAUGCGCCAGCAAGGUCGUCAUGACAACCGGGAGUGCCCCCGUGCCCGCUAGUGUGGUUGACCCAGUUGAAAUUAGAAGAGUCCAGUACCAGUCACCAGCAAUGCUCUGCCAUCCACCAAUUGCAAUCUCCGACCUCGAGUGUCACAUCGAACAGCUGAGAGCAAAUGACAACGCGAAAUUCAGUUUGGAGUACGAAUCGAUCGACCCAGGUCAACAGUUCACAUGGGAGGCAUCGAACCUCGAGGUGAACAAAUCAAAAAACAGGUACGCCAACGUCAUAGCCUACGAUCAUUCGAGGGUGGUGUUACAAUCCAUGCCCCAUACUCAUUCACUCGUUACUACCAUUCCUGGUCAGUUAGUUGCGGGCAGUGAUUACAUCAAUGCUAAUUAUCUGGAUGGCUUCAGGAAGCCUAAUGCCUACAUUGCUACACAGGGACCAAUGCCCGAUACGUUUUGCGACUUUUGGAGGAUGGUGUGGGAGAAGCAAUCUGGAAGCAUUGUCAUGAUGACCAAACUGGAGGAGAGAAACCGGAUAAAAUGUGACCAAUACUGGCCGUCACGUGGAAGCGAGAUGUACGGAUCACUGCAAGUUACUCUGGUUGAUGUCAUUGAGCUGGCUACGUUCACAAUCAGGACAUUCCAGCUCUCAAUGGAAUUCACACCAGAGAAACGUGAAGUUAAGCACUUUCAGUUCACGGCCUGGCCAGACUACGGAGUACCAAGCCACCCUGCACCACUUCUACUCUUCAUGAAGAGAGUUAAAUUCAUGACAUUGAAUGGGUCAGGUCCAGUAAUUGUGCACUGCAGCGCCGGAGUCGGAAGAACGGGAGUCUACAUCGUACUAGACGCCAUGCUAGAAAGAAUAAAACAUUCAGGAACCGUAGACAUCUACGGACAUGUAACAUGCUUAAGGUCUCAACGAAACUACAUGGUCCAGACAGAAGAUCAGUACGUAUUCAUACAUACAGCCAUUUUAGAAGCGGUCACUUGCGGCAACACCGAAGUACCUGCCAGGAAUCUCUUUGCUCAUAUUCAGUCGCUUAUGGAGCCUGCCAACCAAUUCUCCGCGUCUUCUUCUACCAUCAGCGGCAUGGAGGCAGAGUUCAAGGCGCGUUUUAAACUGUCCAGUGGAAAAAAUACCACCCUGUCGUUUGCCAGUGCCAAUCAGUCAUGCAACAAACACAAAAACAGAUUGGUCAAUGUGUUACCGCUCGAGUCAACAAGAGUGUGCUUGCAGCCUAUAAGAGGGGUAGAUGGGUCGGAUUACAUUAACGCAAACUUCAUAGACGGGUACAGAUACAGAAAAGCCUACAUAGCAACACAAGGUCCUCUCGCGGAGACUGUUGAAGAUUUCUGGCGAGCAAUGUGGGAAUGCAACUGCAACAUCAUCGUCAUGUUGACUAAAUUGAAAGAGCAGGGAAGGGAGAAGUGCCAUCAGUACUGGCCAAACGAGAGGUCAGCCAGGUAUCAGUACUUUGUCGUCGAUCCGCUCGCUGAGUACAACAUGCCACAGUACAUUUUGAGAGAAUUUAAAGUUACUGAUGCGCGGGACGGACAAUCCAGGACGGUUCGACAGUUCCAACUGACAGAUUGGCCGGAGUAUGGUGUGCCUCCAACAGGGGAUGGUUUCAUUGAAUUUAUUGGGCAAGUUCACAAAACCAAAGAGCAGUUUGGUCAGGAAGGACCCAUUGCUGUCCACUGCAGUUCAGGAGUGGGUAGAACAGGAGUCUUCAUAACGUUGAGUAUUGUUCUAGAGAGGAUGAGAUUUGAAGGGGUGGUCGACAUGUUUCAAACUGUCAACAUUCUCAGGACGCAAAGACCUGGACUUGUUCAAACAGGGGAGCAAUAUUCUUUCUGCUACCGUGCCGCGUUAGAGUACUUAGGAUCAUUUGACCAUUACACCAAUUGAACUGACGAUUUAAACUGCCUUCCAAACAUAAUAUCCAUCAAUUUCUACGAACCUCGUCGAUCCACAUUUUGGACAUUUUCAGCGUCUCAUUUUUAAUUUUACUCGCAUCAUUUUAAGACUGUUGUUACCAUCAUCGUCGUCGUCGUCAUCAUCAUUAUUAUCAUCAUUCACGUCACUUUUAUCAUCUUAAACACCAUCAUUAGUACCUGUAUUAAAAUUAUUAUCUCAAUUGUCGCGAUCAAUUGUUUUCAUUAAUGUUAACCAUAAUUGCACUGAUGUUAAAAACCAGCAUUUGUUGAACUGUCGUCAGCUUAGCGUUAACAAGUAGUCCAUGACAUCCGAUACAUUAAUUUUCACACUACUACAAUUGUUAAGAACUACAAUAAUUGCGUGAACAUCAAUCAGCUUUACAACACCGUCAACACCAACAAAGUUCGCGACAAUAUUAUGACCAUAAUAUUUUUUACUAAAUUGUACAUACUUCACCUUUUUAUUACAUUUUUUUUUUUGUUAAAUUUUCAAUUUCGAAAUCUUACAUAAAAAAUUAUUUAAUUUAGUUUAAAUAACACGUAUGUAUUGCCAGAUCGCCAUACUGACAUUAUGUAUUUGAAAAAUGUGCGUCUUUUAAACUGUUAAAACGAAUUUACAAAAAAAAAAGAUUUAUAAAAGUUUCUAUUUAAUAAGGAUAAUUAGCACUUAAUUCAUUUUAAACGUUUAUUACUACAUUUAUUUUAUAUUUUCGAUUAUUUACAACAAGGAACUUCCUUUACAAAUCAUUGACAUUCAUAGCAUAGCUAUUAAAACGAAAUUGCUAAAAAGGCUGCGAAUCAAAAAUAACUUGAAAUGAAAAUGUGUUUAAAAAACUGUAUAAAGUUGUGUUGAUUUUGUGUUCCUUGAAAAGAUUGUUACAUAUUCAAACAUAAACAAACACAUCUGUAAAUAAAUAAAUUCAUAUAUACAUAUAUCUACAUGUAUAUAUAUAUAUAUAUAUAUAUAUAUAUACUGAUUAUUUUAUUCUUUACAGUAUGUAAUUCACGCUAAACAAACAUACAGAUUAGCAUCUGAAUAAGCAAAAAUCGUUUUUGAUAAAUUGGCUGAUAGGAAAAUUACACUUACAUAAAAUCUAACAGAAAGUU